UUGACGGCCGUCGAAAUCAUGAUCACGGGCAUCCAAGAAUUUUGUUACGAAACGGUUUUGCCGUGGAAAUCUCCAGUUGCACUCGGCACAGGAUGCUGACUAUACAAUUCCUUCUUAAAUCGGGAAGGUGACUUCGUCCCUGUACAUGAAAUCAGAACAGUACGAUGGAUUUCGUUGUCGGUGGCCUAGCAGGCGUUGGAGCCGGGUUUUUUAGCAAUCCAUUUGAUGUUGUUAAAACUCGAAUGCAAUUGCAAGGGGAACUCCGUGCGAAAGGUCAACAUGCGGUUUACUACAGGAACAUACCGCACGCUAUGGCAACUAUCGUAAAACAUGACGGUAUAUCUGCAUUGCAGAAAGGUUUAGUGCCCGCAUUGUGGUUUCAGCUGUUUGUUAAUGGUGUAAGGUUAGGAAUUUAUCAGCAAGCUGACGACUAUGGACUAUUACGGGACGAAGAUAACAAUACUAUAUUUGUGAACAGCUUCCUCUUUGGGUCCAUAGCUGGAAUGUGUGGCGGUCUGGUUGGAAGUCCAUUACAGCUGGUCAAGACCCAAUUAAUGUCAUAUUCCUCUGAGAAGAUUGCUGUAGGAACUCAGCAUGGGCAUCCUGGGACUAUAUUUGCUUUGACAAGGAUAUACAAACAAAAUGGUUUCCUCGGUCUAUGGAGAGGGGCACAUGGAAUGAUGAUGAGAAAUUCUAUUGGAUCUGCAUCACAAAUUGCAUCAUAUGCUGUGUUUAGAGAAUGGAUGGACAACAAUAAUUUUUUUCAACAAUCUAAGUACCUUUCUGCCUUUGUCGCGAGUAAUUUCGGUGCCAUCGUGAAAACAAUAGCGCUAACGCCCAUGGAUGUCAUUAUGACGCGACUUUAUAACCAAGGUGUCGGUGAAAACGGCCGAGGAAUUCUCUACAACGGUAUAAUAGAUUGCGCACGUAAAAUAACCAAAACCGAAGGUCUACUUGCUUUCUACAAGGGAAUGGGUCCCUCAUACUUACGCCAGGCUCCCCACACCAUCCUUCUCUUAGUAUUCUGGGAUAUAUUAAAAGAUUUACAGAAGAAUUUAGCCUUAGAGUCAUAGUAUUAUAUAUGUUUUACAGUUUAAAAGACCUCAUUAUUGACAAUAAAAUAGAAUUAACUAAAUCGUAAUCGAUGCCUACGUAAAGUAUUGAAGACCAACCAGACUUUUAAAUAGAAGUUCCAUUCUUAAAUAGUGUAACUUUCUUAGGUGUUUACAAAUUCGUGUGCCUGUUCUUGUGUUGUGUACGCUUACCUUGCGUUGUGUGCUAAGUAUAAAGAGGUGUUACUGAAAAGUAUUUACUCGAUUUCCUCAAUUCUUUCACAAAUAUUAUCAUUUUUUCGUGUUAUUUCAUUUAAUAUUAUGGUUCAAAAUAAUGGCAGACUUCUAUAAGGAUUAUGAAAAACUAAUACUAAUUAUCUCAUUUAUUACCUCUUAUCCUUUUUGAUUUAAAAUCAAAUAUGUUCAGUCAAUACAUUUACUUCAUUCAAUUUCAUAAAACAAUUUUAAUGUAAAGGCUAGCGGGGAAUCUCAUGAUUCAUAUUUCGAAUUCUACCUUUUUAAUUGUCAUAAGAAGUCAUUUUAAUAUAAAUGCUUGAUACUUUUAUAAUAAACCGAAGGGAACGUCGUAUUUCAUUAUAAAUUUUAAAGCCAUUUACAUUAUCAGUAAUAUGAUAAUUUAUAAAAAAAAAAACUUACCAUCGUGACUUGUGUUUCUUUAAGGUAAGCUCAUAGACAUUCUCAAGAUUAUAUUGUUAUAUUCAAUACUGCAAUGCAUUAAAAAAAUUAAAUGCAAAUAUUUUAAUUG